UGUUUAUUACAGUUCUCAAUAUAAAUAAGCAUUGUUACUUGCUACAAACGACUUUUACAAUAACAAAUGUAAAAUUUACCGUAUCGUAUAUAGAAUAUGGAAUUAUAUAUAAAAAUUAUCCUAUUCCUUUUGAGUUAUGCUCGAGGUACAGAGGAAAUUAACUUUACAAAAGCAAACGAUCAUCCAGACACAUUCAAUGAAAGUCGGGUUACAUAUAAUAAAUCAGAGAAAUCGAACAUUAUUGACGUUCACAGCGAUGCGAUAGAAGAGAUAGAUGAAGCUAAUCUCACUGAUGUAACGCAAGAGCAAAACCCAAUAAAGAGUUUUUAUGACAUUCUCAAACUGCCAGUGGAAAAAAUUCUAUCAUCGCAAAAAGUAAAUACAGUCCUUCAUAAUAUAGGUACGUGCAUGGUCAAUGGGGUCAUGGAAAUAGUAGCGUACUAUCUGCCAGCUCCACUAAUACCACUGAUAGCUACCGCUGCGGGAAUGGUGAUACCGUUUGAACCUGUCGUGAUGCUGAGACGAAGAAUGCCGGUAACCAGUUACAGGCGAGCGUUCAAAACUGCGGUCAAUGGAUUCCUGAACACAUUCGAUACUUACAAAGUCGAUAAUUACUACGAAGAUCCAUAUAUGACAAGGAGAUUUAAUAGAAGAUUCAUGAAUGAAGGCUCAAAGGAAAUCAAAAAAGAUGACACUUGAUCUAUUUAUUAUUGUUUUUGAUUCUGUUAUUUAUAAAUUAAAGUUAUAAGUUCCUAUC